AUGCCACUCAUCCUGUAUACCUGUCUCCUCUGGCUGUGCACCAGUGGCUUCUGGACGGCCCAGGCGGAGGACCCCAGUGCUGAAGAGAGCAUGAGGAACCACCACCGUGACCUGGCUCCAACCAACGUUGACUUUGCCUUCAGCCUGUACAAGCACCUAGUGGCUUUGGAGCCUGGAGAGAACAUCUUUAUCUCCCCUGUGAGCAUCUCCAUGGCCUUGGCUAUGCUGUCCCUGGGCACCCGUGGCCACACGCAGACCCAGCUGCUCCAGGGCCUGGGCUUCAACCUCACCGAGAAGUCGGAGGCUGAGAUCCACCAGGAAUUCCAGCACCUCCACCACCUCCUUGGGGAGUCAGACACCAGCUUGGACAUGACCAUGGGCAGCGCCUUGUUUUUUGACCGCAGCCUGGAAAUGCAAGAGUCAUUCUCAGCAGACAUCAAGCACUACUACGCAUCAGAAGCCUUGGCUGCUGAUUUCCAGGACUGGGCUAAGGCCAGCAGACAGAUCAAUGAGUAUGUCAAGAAUAAGACUCAGGGGAAAAUUGCCAAUGUGCUGUCACAGCUCAACAGCCAAGCCAUCCUCGUCCUGGUCAACUAUUUCUUCUUCAAAGGCACGUGGGCACAGUCCUUUGACCCAGAAAGCACCAGGGAGGAGAACUUCUACGUGAACGAGACAACCACGGUGAAGGUGCCCAUGAUGUCCCAAUCCAGCACCAUCAAGUACCUGCGCGACGCGGAGCUCCCCUGCCAGCUGGUGCAGCUGGACUAUGAGGGCAACGGGACCGUCUUCUUCGUUCUUCCAGACCCAGGGAAGAUGGACACGGUCGUCGCCGCCUCGAGCCGGGACACCAUCCUGAGGUGGUCCCUGGCCCUCACCACCAGCCAGGUGGACCUGUCCAUCCCGAAGCUGUCCGUCACCAGAGACCACGACCUCAGGGGUGUGCUGGCAGACAUGGGCAUCACAGACGUGUUCACGGCCCAGGCAAACUUCUCGGGCAUCGCCCAGGAGGCCCAGCUGAAGCUGUCGAAGGUGGUGCACAAGGCGGAGAUGCAGCUCGGCGAGCAGGGAGCCCCGGCAGCGGACACACCCAGGGCGGCUCUCAGCCUGACCUCCAAGCCUGUCUCCCUGCGUUUUGACCAUCCCUUCCUCGUCAUGGCCUUCGACCACUUCACCUGGAGCAGCCUCUUUCUGGGCAAGGUGGUGAACCCCACCUGA